AUGACAGUCUCCUAUUCCGGAAAUUUUUGUCGACUUCUCUUACGAUGGAAAGGUUCAAUUUGGCGAUCUGUAUGGGUCGAAUUAGUUGCGUUUAUACUACUUUUCUACGCUGUUCGAAUAUUUUACCACUACGGUAUUCCAUUACUGGACCAAACGGGCGAGUUAGAAUACAAAAAGAAAUUUCGUAUGCUUUGCCUGGAGUUCAACGAGUACACUCGUCUUAUUCCACUCACCUUUCUUCUAGGAUUUUACGUUUCUAAUGUGGUUUCCAGAUGGUGGCGACAAUUUGAGUGCCUAAGUUGGCCGGAAGACCUCCUAUCGAUGGUGUGUAUGAUUUUUCCUCAGAAUACUGAAGACGCGAGAGAGAAGCGUCAUCAAAUCGCCAGAUAUGUCAACCUUGUUGCCGCACUAGCAUGGAGAGACAUCUCGGACAAAAUUCGCCUUCGGUUCCCUAGGGUUCGAGAUCUGAUUCACGCCGGGUUGCUGACAGAGCGCGAGUUUACGAUACUGGAAAAAAUGCAGGGUCUGGCACCUGGCAUUCGAUGGAUGGCUCCUCUUCACUGGGCACAGCAGUUAGUUUCGGUAGAGGUAGAAUCUGGCCGAGCUCCAAGUGGGUACCUUUUUACUUUUGUUAAUGAAUUGAAGCAGUACCGUACGUCGUUCCGAAAACUUUUCUGCCAUGAUUGGGUUUGUGUACCUCUUGUCUACAGUCAGGUGGCAUCGCUGGCAACAUAUUCGUUCUUUCUGUUCUGUUUAUUCGGCCGACAGCAUAUCGACGAUGAUGGUGGAUUUGAUACAGUGUUUCCAAUAUUCACAGUGGUUCAAUUUCUUUUCUAUGUUGGCUGGUUUAAGGUCGGUCAGGAUUUGCUGAGACCAUUUGGAUUAGACGAUGAUGAUAUCGAACUCAGUUAUAUACUUGAUCGUAACAUAGUUAUAUCGUUUGCUAUUGUGAACUACCUGCAGACAGAUCCUACUCCGACAUUCGAAGAGGAUUUCUAUUGGCGACAUAUGCAAGAGGGCUGUAUGACUUCAUCAACGCUGAAAUUCGGACGUAUUGACCUUUCACGAACUGCCCAUAGCCAUCCACCAAAGCUACAUACUUACGUUAGAGUACGAACAGAUGAAAACGAACAAAAUCGGAAACGCUUUACCGGAAGACGUCGACACAGGUUUGAGUUUAGUCGUUUUGCCAAAGGAGAAGCUGUAGGAUCUAUUUUUGUGUUACCUAUUUCAUCUCUGUUUACAUAA